AUGACAUCAAAACUUCCAAGUGCAUCAUGCCAACCUUUAGCUGACUCAAAGCCCGGGACUGCUUACGAAUUCCACGUCGAUAUACAAAUCAAGGAAGGGCUAGACGUGUCCCCAGGGUCGUGGGAUAUCCUACCAUCAAAGUUCUCGGGUGCUGAUAGCCGGUAUUGUAGGGCUGAAAACCCGCGGACACACUCUCUGCCAGGGUCGGUUCACAUGGCAAUUGCUGCGCAGCAAGCCGCGGCCAGUAGCUAUAGUCUGAGGCUAUGGCGGGAUCAACGCGCCGAACUUGACCCCCGCGGGGUUCAAGAGCUCGAGAGUCUAUCUUAUUGUAAGGUUAUAAGAAACCGUGAAUCUGCCACGAAACGUAAACACAGACGUCGUGGCAAUUUGCACGGUAGAAAGUGGAUAGCAUCAACCUGGGCGGACGGCAGGUACGGCGUCAACCAAAGACUGCAAGUGGUGUACCCACGGACCGAUCUGACUUCCGUCGAGGACCUUACCGGGCAAGGGAAUUGGGGGACAACGGCAGUCGCCGAAGUCCUGGCCCAGAAUGGCGCUAGUGCCAUGGUGAAGAGUCAUCGCAUGGAGUCCGCCAAAGCUAACCAUGAAAAGAGACCCGGGCCGGAAAAGACCCAAUGGAAAGGGAGAAACAGUAAACAUGGCCUUGCACCUUCUGCAUGGAAUGGGUCCAAGCUUCUGCACAUCCAAGCUGGGAGGGGGUUUCAUGAAGCCGUCACGGCACUAGCUCCAAAGAUGGCGGUUAAUAACGCAACCGCCAUGCGUGCUCAGGCAGGAGCUAAAAUCCUGUAUAGUAACCUCCGAACUCGUGGCGUGAUCGAAUCGGCCAUCCGUGGCCGUCAGCAACAAGAUGUGCCGAAACUCUCAGCGAACCGGGACGGUCAAGCCGACAGCUGGAGGACCAUCAAGGUGAAAAGUCGGCCAAGGUACCUGGAUCGUCAGAGGUCAGACCGAUCAUUCAGCAUUGCGCAUGCUGUCGUCCUGGCAGCUCAAUGGGUGGUGGUGAAACUGUUAGGUAAUGGGUAUGGCGGCAAUGGGUAG